AUGUUCUACUUAAUUGCUCUGCAUCAACAACCAUGUGAUGCAAAUGGCGAUGGCAACAACACCUGCAUUAUCGACUACCUUGGCCAACCUGAAGCGGUCAAAUCAUUAAACAACUGCUCCAUCUGCCCGCGUGUAACAUGCUGGAACGUUCUCUUCAGCAGUCCAACUGAGAACAACUCAUAUUACAAGGACGUUAAAUCGUUCAUGAAAGAACACGAAAGCUUGCUUCUCAAGCCGACUUCUGAAGAGCAUUUGUUGGAUGCGCUGAAAGAAAAUGGUUGUGGGAACUUCAUGGCCUGGAGACAGUACGAUACCUCACCACCUACUCGCCUUGAACUGGAAGAGGACAUCAUUCAUAGUGCUGCUGAUGAGGAUUACAAUGAAGAUGACGAUGAUGAUGAUGAUUACAUUUACAUUAAAGAUGGAAAGGGAGCUGGAACGGAUGAUGAGAAGGAUGAUAUCAAUAAAGUCAAUAAUAGUUAUACAAAUCAGCACACCAAUGAAUAUUAUAACGUAAGUGAAGUGAUCCGUCUCAAGAAACCGUACAGCAUUGCGUACAACAUUCUGACCCAUGAGAACUUCCAACAGUUGGAGAGCCUGUUGAGCAGUCUCUACAGACCACACAAUCAGUACUGCAUUCAUGUCGAUGCUAAGUCUAAAGAUAUGAUAGCGAAAGUUCAGCAACUGAUCAAGUGUUUCGAUAACGUCUUCCUGGCUUCCAAAAUGGAAACAGUUGUUUACGCGGGAAUAUCUCGCCUGCGCGCAGAUUUAAACUGCAUGAAAGAUCACGUGACUAGAAAAAAAAGAUGGCGGUACUUACUAAACAUGGCUGCCAGUGGAUACCCGCUGAAAACAAAUGAAGAAAUUGUCAAGUAUUUGAAAAAUCAAAACGGGUCAAAUCUCUUUGUUACGAUAAAAACAGAAGGAAAUGAAUACCUCCGACGGAGGUUUUUGUACAAAUACUACGAGAUAAAUGGUGAGUUGAAAAAUAGUAAAAAACCUCACUCUCCCCCUCCUCACAAUCUCACCAUCGUCAAAGGUAGCGCUUACGGAGCGUUCACUCGUGCUUUCGUACACUUCCUACUGACUGACCAGCGUGCCAUCGAUUACUUGAACUGGUGCAACUUGACUUACUCUCCAGACGAGCACUAUUGGCAGACCCUUCACCACACAUUCAGCAAUCCAGGAAUCAGCGCGCCUGGCGGAUCGACAAAGAAACAUGAACUGGCAAGAUCGGAUACAACUGAAGUCAGCUGGUACCCAAAAAAGUGUUUUGGUCAUUAUGUAAGAGGUGUGUGUGUCUACGGCGUACAAGACCUGCCUUUCCUCCUGACAUCACAGAGACUGCUGCUCAACAAGUUUCGCAACACAUUUGAACCUCUGGCCAUAUUAUGCAUGGAGAAGUAUUUGAAAUCUUCCAGGAUCUGCCCACUUCGGUGCCAACAAUAA